AUGAAAACCCGACGUCGUACUACUGAUUCUCGUAUAACUGCAUCACAUAAUGAAGGUAUUAAUACAUCUCCAUCAACAUCAUCUGAUCAACAAUCAACAGAAACAUCACCAACUCAAGAUGUUAUUCAAAACGUUCCAAAGUCUGAUGUUUGGCAAUAUUUCGAAAGGUGUACUUCAACUGGACCUUUAAAAGCAAGAUGUCUACUGUGCCAACAUGAAUUAUCUACACCAAAUUAUGGAACAUCAACUCUUAAACGUCAUCUGGUACAAGUACAUGGUAUAAAACAAUUUGAUUCAGCUGAUGCACCAAGUUUUUCGACCACAUCUAUCAAAAUAUCAAAAUCAGAAAAAAAAGCAUUAGAUUUAUUAGCUGUAAAUGCAAUCAUUCAAGAUGGUAGAGGAUAUGGUGAUUUACAGAAAACUGGCAUUAAAAAAUUAAUUGAUGCUUUGAAACCAGAUGGUGAAGAAGGUAUUGAAAUUGGUACAAUGGAAGAUGAUGAAGAUGAAGCUCAAAUUAGUUUAAAUCAGAUGGUGAGAACGAUGUCCUUUGAUACUGUUUCAUUAUCUAACGAAAUAACCAAUGAUGAUAGUGAAAGUGAUGGAACAUCAAAAGAAGAUGAUGAUGUCAGUGGUGAAUUAGAGUCGAAUGAUCAAUUGAUUGAUGCAACAUCAGAUGAAGAAUGGAUGGAUGAGGAAGAUGAUGAUGAAGCAACCGAUAAUUUUGUUGAAGGAAUUAAUACCGAAGAAACAUUACUUGAUUAUAUACCACAAAUGGUAAAAGAUACGAUUGAUAAAACACGUGAUAUAGUUAAUACAAUUAAAGGAUCAUCAAUAUUAACCAGUUUUAUUGAAAAACAAAGAUUAAAUUUUAAUGCACGUGUUAAUAAAAAGAACAAAAUCAAACGACGUUUGGUAAUUGAUGUAAAAACACGAUGGAACAGUACCUAUAAGAUGGUGCAUACAGUUAAUCUCUAUCGUGAUUUUAUUAAUGAUAUGUUCAAAUCAAAAGGAAGUCUUGAUCUUUCAGCUAAACAACGAAGAAAAUUAACACGUGUUGAACUAUCAAGUGAUGAAUGGGAUCUUUUAAAUUUGAUUAUUAGUUUAUUACAUCCAUUUUAUUCAGCCACAAAAGUUUUAAGCAAUACAAAAUAUCCAACUGUUGGAUCUGCAUUAUAUCUUAUGAAAAGUCUAGAAGAACAUCUUACAAAAGAAGAUAAUAAUGAAAUUUUAAAUGCUUUAAAACAAAUUGUAUUGAAUAAAUUUCAACAGUAUAUUAUUGAUGAUGUAGAACAAUUUAAUACGUUAAAAUUAUAUUCAUAUUUUGAUCCAACUGGUUUUUCGGCUCUUACAAGAGUUGAACAAACAAUAAUUGAAAAAGAUAUAACAAAAUUAUAUAAAAAUUUAUUCUUAUCAUCAGAAACUUCUUCGUCAUCAUCAAAUCAACAAACGAAAAAAAUAACUAAUAUAGACAAAGCUUGGCAAGGUUUUCUUAGAUCUACUAACAAGGAUUUACUUCAAGAAUCAAUAGCAACAUCUACCAUUCAAUCAGAUAUAAAAAGAUAUCGAAAUUUGGCAACUAAAUUGUACGUAUGA